UGAAUUUCGCGCGACGAACUUUGGCGCUAAAAACGUCGAAUGGAGACGAAGGGAGCCCGCAAGGCCGCCUGCUGACUUUUGGGGCGGACCGGGUCAAGCGCUCGCGAACACACGACGACGAACCGGAAGCACUAACUCCGCCGACCCUCGGUGGUCUUUUUUUUUGUGUGCGACCCUCUGGACUUUUGAACACGUUGGUCAACUUUUGUUUUGUGCACAUUUGUAACAGGCUGCGUUCACGGUUUUGCUGACGUCACCACUCCGAAUCGAUGGCUUGUUGUUUCUUGCAUGCGCGAGUUCGAUGAUAUUCAGAUUUAUAGAAUUUGUAAUCAUCGUUACUUGAGUUUUUUUUUUUUUGUUGUUGUUGUUGUUAUUUAUAAUCGUCAUCAUAAUCAUUGUUAUUUUAAUCCGGGUCCUCUUUGCGGGCACGAUGAUGCGCCUGCCCAAAGGCGUCACUCAGGCGUCGGGGCUUCCGUGCAGCCAGUCCAAGAUGAAGCUCCUGGCCGGCGAGUUGUUCGGCGGCGGCCUGUCCAGUCCGCCCCUGAGCGCGGUACCGGUGGGCUACUUCACCCAGAUCUGCGCCAACACCGCCGUGGUGGAACAAAGAGCCCACAGCCUCUACUCGACCCCCCACGGACCGGACCAGAAGCCCGUCCGAUCGUCCGCCGGACGGCUCCCGGCUAAAAGGAAGUUAGAUCUCGAAGCCCCAGUUUUUCUCCCCGAGUUCCGCACCCCAAAAGGCAAAGGCGGCGUUCCGGCCAGUCCACGAACCCCAAAGUCGCCGGGUGAGCGGACGAGGUACGACACCUCGCUGGGCCUGCUGACCAAGAAAUUUGUGGGCCUCAUCGCCGAGUCCCCCGAUGGCGUCCUGGACCUGAACUGGGCCACGGAGGUGCUGGAGGUCCAAAAGAGGAGGAUCUACGACAUCACCAACGUCCUCGAGGGAGUCCAGCUCAUCCGGAAAAAGUCAAAGAACAACAUCCAGUGGCUGGUCGGCGACGUCUUCGAAGGCGGCGCCGCCGGAGGAGAGAAGGCCGGAGCGUUGCGCAAAGAUCUCCGAGACCUGGAGCGAGCCGAGCGAUCGCUGGAUGAGCUGAUCCACUCCAGCAGCGCGCAGCUCAAGCAGCUCACGGAGCACAAAGACAACCUGAGGCUGGGCUACGUGACGUACCAGGACAUCCGCUCCAUCGGCAGUCUCCGAGACCAGACGGUGAUCGCCGUUAAAGCCCCCUCUGAGACCAAGCUGGAGGUGCCAGACAUGGAGGCGGGCUCGUUACAGAUCUAUCUGAAGAGUAAGAACGGUCCCAUAGAAGUGUACCUGUGUCCAGAGGAGGGACUGGAAGACGCCAGUCCGGUUAAAAGCUCAGUCACGCCGGAAAAGUCCACCGCAACACCAGCGAGCCUCAGCGGCGUCAAAGAAGAGCUUGUUGAAGAGUGCGUCUCCACAGUGACGGCUUCGACCUCGUCUUCCUCUUCCCUGCUGGACGUGGAGCGUCUCCUGGGUUUGCCCCCCAGCUUGCUGCAGAUGACUGAGGACCAGCUACCAGGGGCGUCCUUCCCCGGCGACCCCAGCGGAGGCGGCGCCGCCCCCUUCGUCAGUUUCUCCCCGCCUCUGGACCACAGCGACUACCUGUGGAGCCUGGAGGACGGCGAGGGCGUGUCUGACUUCUUCGACACGUACGACCUCAAUGAUCUCUUGUAGAGGUGAGGGGACAUUUUGUCAACAUCGCAAUAGGAAGCCACGUUAGCCUCUGGAGCGGGGACGGGGAGAACCUGAUCCAAACCUGCUGUGGAUUUCAAUGGAUUCUGUCUUUGCCACUGUUCCACCCUGCCAAAAAAGUGUUGUGGGGGUUAGUUGAAUAGUUUGUGGUGGAGUCCUACUAAAAAUCAAGCAAACAGCUACGAUAAGAAAUGGAUUGUACUUUAAACGCACAGGCCAGAACAUUAAAGGGCCACUGUCAUGAAAUGCAUAAUUUUUACAAUUAAUUUUGACGUAUACACCUUUUUGUAACGGCCACAAUGAAAAUCCUCUCGAGGGAUUAGUUUUCGAGAAAAUACAGGAAGUGACGUACAUGGCAGGACCCCCCUCAAGUGGACUCGUUUGUUUCUAUUAGUUUUACCUCCGGGAAGGUAGCUCGUUGUUCCUUCGUGUUAGCCAUAAUGCCCGUGUGGUGCCGGAAGUGGGCAUUUAUCACCGCCGCAGGUGGAUCGGGCGAGGCGGUGGUUUGGCCGUGAUCCGCAUAUCAUCUAAAUGUGGCUGGAAACAAUAGGGUAAUAUUGCCCCCGGUAACUUCACUCGGUUGUGUGAUGGUCUCUUCUUCGAACAGAGCUUCCGUGUCAGAAGUGGCGUGUUCGUCUCCCAAAGUAGGGUGCGCCGCGUCUUUUCAAUGGCGAAUGUCCGGGGUGACGUCACGGACAGGGGAUGGAGACAAUAUGGCGACCACUUGGAUGUCGUCGAAUGACACUUCCGCAACUUUGCGCACGGAUGACGCGCUCUCCGCUCAUAUUUAAUUUUUCGUAUAGACAUUGAAGUGAAUCAUGUUGUAUGUAUUUUUCAUUUCAAUAUCUAUUUUAGAAUGUUUAUAGGGAUGACACUAGACCUUUAAGUACCGUUUCUAUUUUUUUAAUCAUUCAUGGUCAUAGUAAAUUUCCAACAAAUAUUGUUAUUGAAUAUCAUUUCUGCGUUGUUGGUGCUUUUUAUAAUCAUUCCUCCAAGGUUACAUUUGGUUUUUUUUUUUUUUUU